AUGAUCCAUGGGCGCAGUUUGUUUCACAUUGUAGCAAGUCUAAUCAUCCUACAUCUGUCUGGGGCAACAAAAAAAGGAACAGCAGAAAAGCAAACCACUUCAGAAGGGCAGAAACCAGUGCAGUGUGGAACUUGGACAAAAUAUGCAGAAGGAGGCAUCUUCACUUCUCCCAAUUACCCCAACAAGUAUCCUCCUGACAGAGAGUGCAUCUACAUUAUAGAAGCUGCCCCUCGACAAUGUAUUGAGCUACACUUUGAUGAAAAAUAUUCUGUAGAGCCUUCUUGGGAGUGUAAAUUUGAUCACAUUGAAGUGAGAGAUGGACCUUUUGGCUUUUCCCCAGUCAUUGGACGUUUCUGUGGACAGCAAAAUCCACCUAUGAUAAAAUCUAGUGGCAGAUUCCUAUGGAUUAAAUUUUUUGCUGAUGGUGAGCUGGAAUCUAUGGGUUUUUCUGCUCGAUAUAAUUUCACACCUGAUCCGGAAUUUAAGGACCUGGGAGUUUUGAAACCAUUGCCAGUUUGUGAGUUUGAGAUGGGAGGACCUGAAGGAAUUGUGGAAUCUGUGCAAAUUGUGAAGGAAGGAAAAGCUUCUGAUACGGAGGCGGUUGACUGUAAAUGGUACAUCCGAGCACCACCACGAUCCAAGAUCUAUUUACGAUUCUUGGACUAUGAAAUGCAGAAUUCAAAUGAAUGCAAAAGGAAUUUUGUGGCUGUCUAUGAUGGAAGUAGCUCGGUGGAGGAUUUAAAAGCUAAAUUUUGUAGCACUGUUGCUAAUGAUGUGAUGCUGCGUACAGGUCUUGGGGUAAUCCGCAUGUGGGCAGACGAAGGCAGUCGAAGCAGCCGAUUCCAGAUGCUUUUCACAUCUUUCCAAGAACCCCCCUGUGAAGCCAACUCGUUUUUUUGCCAUAGUAAUAUGUGUAUUAAUAAUACAUUGGUCUGCAAUGGACUCCAGAACUGUGUGUAUCCUUGGGAUGAGAACCACUGUAAAGAAAAAAGAAAGGCUAACAUUUUGGACCAACUUACCAAUACCAGUGGGACUAUAAUUGGGGUGACCUCUUGCAUUGUGAUCAUCCUCCUUGUUAUCUCUGUUAUAGUACAGAUCAAACAACCUCGUAAAAAAUUUGUCCAAAGGAAAACAGACUUUGAUCAAACAGUAUUCCAGGAGGUGUUUGAGCCUCCUCAUUAUGAGUUAUGUACUCUUAGAGGGACAGGGGCUGCAGCUGACCUUGCAGAUGUUGCAGAUGACUUUGAAAAUUAUCAUAAACUGCGGAGAUCAUCUUCAAAAUGCAUUCAUGACCAUCACUGUGGAUCACAACUGUCUAGCACUAAGGGCAGUCGUAGUAAUCUCAGCACAAGAGAUGCUUCUAUCUUGACAGAAAUACAACCCCAGCCUGUAAAGCCCCUCAUCCAGCCCAUGAACAGGAGAAAUAUCCUUGUCAUGAAGCAUAGCUACUCACAAGAUGCUGCAGAUGCGUCUGAGAUAGAUGAAAUUGAAGAGGUACCAACUACAAGUCACAGGCUGUCAAGACAUGAUAAAUCUGUCCAGCGGUUCUGCCUCAUUGGGUCUCUAAGCAAACAUGAGUCUGAGUACAACACAACUAGGGUCUAA